UUUUUGGAGCCGAUCCUUUUGGCUUCAAAAGCGUUCUUUUAAACGUAAAUCUGUAGACGUUAUACCUGUCUUCAGUUUCGAAUAACAUGACUGUUAUUUCUUUCCGUGUCAUGUUCUCUUUGGCAGAUGGUGAAUUGCCGAUUCGGGCUGAGCUGCAAAUCCUCCAGACAACCUUCCUGAUCCAGACUUGAUAGCGAUGUGUUGAGAAGAUGGGUACAUUGGUGGGGACCGAGUAUCUCACCGAGACAACGGUCGCCUCAUCUCCACUGUCCCCGCUGACAAGGGCCGGGCAAACCGUGACGACCGGUACACUAGCAUUAACGUGGAGUUCUGAUGGUCAGGGAUCAUCCUGUCCAGACUGCGCGAAGACCACUAUCCUGUCAAGUUCAACUGAGGAUUCAUUGGAUUACCUUUCAACAGAUAUAACUUUAAUCCCAUUCACUGGAGAUGUAAAUUUCUCGGAUCCUUUUGGAACAUCAAACUACACCUCGUCACCUGCAGUUGCCUCUGAUUCCGGGGCCCAUGACCUGACCAGACAACUUCUUGUUGGCAUCCUUUCCAUAUUGUUAGCUCUGACCAUUACAUUUGGAAAUACAUUGGUUAUAUUGGCUGUGUAUCGUGAACAUCACCUCAGAACUGUAACGAAUCUUUUUAUCGUAUCGCUAGCAUGUGCGGACUUUUUGAUCGGGACCGUCGUCCUGCCGUUUGCGAUUCACAUGGAAAUAACGCAGGGAUACUGGCCCUAUGGUGUAGUAUGGUGUGACCUUUGGCAUGCAUUUGAUAUCUUGGGAUGCACAGCCUCCAUUUUGAACCUAUGCGUGAUCGCAUGUGAUCGAUACUGGGCAAUAACGCACCCGUUUAGCUACCCGACGCGCAUGACGAAAAGGAUGGCGCUUAUUUUGAUCGGUGCGGCGUGGGUCUGUUCCGCGCUCAUCUCGUUCCCGUGCAUCUGGUGGUGGCACGCCGUAGAGCCGCCGCAUCCACCGCUAGCCUGCAUCUUUCCUUCCAACACGGUGUACCUCGUUACGUCAUCUUUUGUAUCCUUUUAUGUUCCCUCUAUCGUCAUGGUGUUCAUGUACCUUAAAAUCUACCGCACAGCUGUUGGACAAGUACGGGCAUUACGCUCAGGAACGAAGCGCGUCAAAAACGGAAACGGCAUGGCGAUGCGCCUCCACAAGGGGGGAAUCCGAACAAUCGACGGCUCACUACAGAAGCGAGUGAGUACAAUCUCGAAUUCGUACUCGCCCCAAACUGUCCAGGGAACCGUCAGUAGGAGAAAUAGCUUACCCGGAAAGAAAUUAAUGUCCAGGCUGUCACACGAACAUAAAGCAGCUAGAACUCUCGGCAUCGUCAUGGGUGUUUUCAUCAUCUGUUGGCUACCAUUUUUCAUCGUCAAUGUCACCGCACCUUCUUGUCCGACAUGUUACUUUCAUCCCGUCGUACUCGGCAUUGUCACGUGGUUAGGAUAUGUGAACAGUGCGUUGAACCCCAUAAUAUACGCUUUCGCUAGCCGUCGGUUUAAGAACGCGUUUACGCGCAUCCUGUGCGCGUAUCCGCGGAAGCGCAAACAUGGAUUACACGAUUGGUCGAGUACUCGGAGAAGAGGAUCAACAGUCUUUAACAGUCCCACAGGGCUAAUAGGUGACACGUCUAUUACUCAAUACAGUGAAGAUAGGAAUUCUGUGGAUACCACCAGCAGUGCUCAUUCUAAUUUAAAAUACUCAUUACCAUACGUUUAUUUCUGAGAAGAAGACAUUAUGUACGGAAUAUGCCUACUUCGAUAGUGUUUUAUUUGUAAACUCAGACAGUACAAUCAAUCUACUCUAUGAAUAUUGUGAAGAAAUAAAUCUUAUUUAUAAUUAAAUCAUACCCAUCACAAUAUCUAAAAAAUUGUGGAUUAGUGUGUGCAGGCAAUAUAUAAUUUUAGUCUAAAGAAUAACAAAAAUCCAAUCAACCUUACUUUAUUUAAUAAUAUUCUGCUUAGAUAUCUUAGAGGUUGCCAAUUAAACACUACUUUACCACCUGGGGGGCGUUUCAUGAAACAAUUAGUCGGUGGUUUUCACCGACUAAUAUCAUGUUCACCGACAAUUCUUUGUCACCGACUAUUUUCCAGGCAUGUGA